CUGGUAAGACUCACACAUCUCACUGGAACUGUCUCCCUUCCUCCUCCUCUGAGACACUGUAGGAGAUGAGCUUUUGGUUUUCUUCACUUUGUCCAUUGCACAAGAAAGUUGAGGGAGAUUUCCCAGUACCUGUGACCCUAUUAUCCGAUCUUGUUGAUAGGUUGACAGAGGCUUCGCUUUUUUCUUCAAGUUGUCCACCAUUUCUGCACUCGAUGCCUCUGAAAGGGUACACCCUUCUAUUAAGGGUGGGAAAUGAGACGGCAACCGCCACGAAAGGAAUGCCUGCAAAGGAAAAUUAUUGUGCAGGGAAAAAAAUGGCAAUUGCAAAGUGAACCUCUUUUG